CCAGCUCUUCUCCCCCACCUCGGGCCACCAUUUAAACUCCUCUCCAUCUUCUCUCCUUCCGCUCAACCGCCAUUCUCUCUCUCUCUCUCUCUCCCCAACCCUCCACAGUCUUCUCUCAACUAUUUCUCUCUUUUCUUUCUGGGUUCUGAAUUUCCGCCAUGAAACUCAUCAAUCUCUUUAAAUCCAAGAAGAGUCGGGCAGUUUCAAGAUCUGACGAGUCGUAUUCUUCCGGUUUCGUAACGACGUCGUCCGAAUCCUCAGUAUCAUCAUCCUCAAACCACAAGUCCAAACCCGGCAACGACUUAGCAACGCCGAAGAGCGUUUUACCUUCUCACUCAUCGGUCGGUGACGAAUGGCCCCAAUUGUCGGCAGAUAUGGGUUGUGAGUUGGUUCAGGCUUUCAAGUUCAUAGACCGAGACGGCGACGGGAAGAUCCCGACGGCGGAGCUGAAAGCGUUGCUGAGUCAAGUCGGGAAGGCGCCUCCGAAUGAAGAAGAGCUGAAGAUGAUGUUGAGUGAUGUGGACAGGGAUGGGGAUGGGUGUAUCAGCUUGGAGGAGUUUGGCGCCAUCGGCCCGGCUUUUGGGCCGCCGGAGUGUGACUCGGAGCUGAGGGAAACGUUUGAUUUCUUCGACGCGGAUCACAACGGAAAGAUAACGGCAGAGGAGCUUUUUAACGUGUUCUCCGUUAUAGGAGAUGGGCAGUGCACGUUAGAGGACUGCCGGCGCAUGAUAAGCGGGGUGGACAGGAAUGGGGAUGGGUUCGUGUGCUUCGAGGACUUUAGCCGUAUGAUGGAGCUGCAGAAAUGAUUGGUGAAUCAUCAUCAUGAUCAUCCUAUAACGAAGUCGUUUUACAUAUUUGUGUUUUAAAGUUGGGGAAAAUGGGUGUGUUUUCUUGCUAUAUGUAAUUUCGGCUUGGUGUAAAAGAUUGAUCAAUUGGACGGCUAUGAUUAAUCCAUUUUAAAGUUGUUUGGAAUUGCCGUAUAUAUAUGUUUUGUUUUGGGUCAUUGUGGUAAUCUUUGUUUGAAGAUCAUCAAUUGGGUGUAUUAUUUGCAAGGAAAAGACUCUUUGGUAUCGUAUUAAAAUUUAAUAAUUAUCGUAUUAAAAUUUAUAAUUAUUUAAUGUUAAGUUAUAAUUUUUUUUAAAAUAUAAGUUAUAACUUUUAAAAGUCAU